GCUCACGGAGCCCGGCUGUGGCCAUGACGCUCUCGGAGCCCGGCUGUGGCCGUGCCGCCGCGGGCCGGGUGCACUCUGUGGGCUCCCCACACCCCGGCAGCCGCCACAAUGCUCCCACAGCACCACCCACAGCGUUCAGGCCCGCGGCCGCUGACAGGAGGCGGCCGGAAACCAGUGGGCGGGACCCCGCGGCCGUGCGCGGGCGGGCGGGGCGUCUGCUUACGUGGCGGCGGCGGCAGCAUCACCAUCACCAUGCGGGGCAGUGGCGGCUCAGACACCAGGCCUGGACAUCCCAGACAACAGAAGGUCAAGAGGUCUCUGGGAAGCAAGAAGUCUAAGCAGUUUGAGGAGGUGGAAACUACUGUCCUGGGACUGAACAGUAGAUACGAUGAGACAGUGAGCAACAUUUCUUCUGCUGCACCAAAGGAUCAAGUGAACGGCAACACAGAGUCCAGGAGCAAGAGGACCAUUCGCAGGCCUGCUUACUGGCUGGAAAUGAGAGGGAUCAAAAACAGCGUUACCAAGUCUUCAGAGAAAAAAGCAGGAGAAGUACUAUUGAAAGGCAAGAGGAAAUCUGAGGAAGUGGAAAGUGAAGAUCUUAAAGACUCCCCAAAGAAGAAGCGAAAGCUUUCAGGAAAAAAACAGCAAGCUGGAACACAACGAAACUUCAAAACAGAAGGACACUGUGUUCAGAAAGAACAAAAAACCUAUGGCACAGGUAGUAUGGAAGAGCAAUGGUCUUUGGAAAUUCAGGACAAAGGUCGAGUUACCUGUCCAACAUGUCGGGCUGUGGUGAGAAAGACUGUGGAAGGACUGAAGAAACAUAUGGUAAAUUGCAGACAGGAAAUGUUCACAUGUCAUCACUGUGGGAAGCAGCUGAAGUCUUUAGGAGGGAUGAGAUACCAUGUCAUGGCAGACCAUAACAAUCAGCCGGUUGUGAAGGAGGGAGGAGAAUUGGAUGAGCAGCUUGAGCGAGACCGCCUUCGGAAGAUUUUGAAGCGGAUGGGAAAACUAAAGUGUACGAGGGAGGGCUGCACAGGUAGCUUCACUAGCAUAAUGGGAUACCUGUAUCAUGUUAAAAAAUGUGGGAAGGCAGCUUCUGAGCUGGAGAAAAUGGCUAUGAAGUGCCAUCACUGUGGAAAAGCAUACAGAUCAAAGGCAGGACUUGUCUACCAUCUCCGAUCUAAGCAUGGGCCAGUCACUUUCCUCCAAGAGGAGAGAAGAACAGAGAGCCUGAAGGAAAUAAAACGGGAGCCAAAUAGCACAGGCAGAAUUCAGAGGAGAUCUGCAAAGGUGGCAAUCUACUAUCUCCAUGAGCUAGCUGGAGAAGAGUUGGCCAAAGAGUGGCCCAAGAGAAAAGUUCUGCAAGACUUGAUUCCAGAUGAUCGCAAGCUGAAAUAUACUCGUCCUGGACUGCCCACAUUUAGUCAAGAUGUGCUGUGCAAAUGGAAAACUGAGAUAAAGAUGUACCGAAGAGUCCACUGCCCAAAUGAGGGUUGUGAAUCUGUAUAUGGCAGUGUCUCAGGACUCAAAUCUCACCUUGGCACAUGUACCUUGGGAGACUUUGUGGCUGGUAAAUACAAGUGUCUUCUGUGUGAGAAGGAGUUCAUUUCAGAGAGUGGAGUCAAGUAUCACAUCAACUCCAUGCAUGCUGAGGACUGGUUUGAUAUGAAUACAACUACCACCAAAAGCUUUGAGAAGCUAAUGAAAAUCCGCCAAAGAGAAGAGCAGAGGAAGCAACGGAAGAAACGUCCUUUGACCAGGGGGAAAAAGAAAAGAACUGCGACCCUGGCUGUCAAGAAACUCCCCACUGCUGGAGUUGAGAAAAUCAGGAGAACUAAGAGAGGUCGUCCAAAGCAGGUGGACAAUGAGAGUGCGAGUAGUGAGGAGGGGGAGCCCCAAGUUGCACAGAGAGCCGAAUUUCCAAAAAUCAGCCACAAGCGAGGCCAGAAGUAAAUCCCUAGAAGAGAAGGAAUAACCCUAAAGCUUUUCAGUUACAAGCCCCACCUCUGUCAAGCUCAUAACCCACAACACUGAUAUAAGCAACUGAGUGUCUUUGAGACUGUGACUCCAUUCUACUGAGUGAUCUUGAUUUUGAAACUGUUGCCUCUGGUCAUUUGUGAGAGACUUCAAACCAAAGCUGUGAUACAGAGGAUGCCUCUCCUGCUGUAAUACCCCUGAACAGUGGCACUAGCAGUGUAUCCAGUGUAGUUACUGCUGUGGUUACAGUCUCAGUUUGGGUCACCUUAGUUGCUUGUUUAGUGGUUUCCAGUACAGCAGGUGUCUUAUGUCAUCUUGCUCUGAGGGGUGAGAUCAGGGUUCUUUUAUAGCAGCUCUUUCUCUAAGAGACUGACUAGCACAGUGUUUAGGUCUUUUUAAAGGGGAAAUCCUUUCUUGCACAGUAUGCACACAAACUGAACAGUGCUGUGCAGAAUACCAAGGUUUUAGCUUGCCCUGUAACUGUCCUGUCAUCAGCAAGGCUGCCAACAGGCAGGAAUUACUCUGUUGCACAAGGCACUGUCUUCAUACACUGAUGCUUAGGCUCAGCACCAGACAGUACCAUGUGAGCUCUGGUCUGCUCAAAAGUGAUGGUACAUAAUUAUUACCCUUGUCAGGAACCCAGUAUUCUCCUGGCAUCUGUCUUCUGUAGCACUGGACAUUAAAUGUAUGUAAAGGGUCUUCCAGUCCAGUGAGGAAUAAAUACUCUACAGCCUUUUGGAGAUUCACUGACCCUACAAACCCCCAGUAACUAAUGCAGCGAGGUGGUCUUCUUGAGCCCUCUGAAUACUACUUAUUUCAGACUCACUUGAGAAACAAACUUAUUGCAAGACAGUGCAUAUAUACAGUAGCAGUCUUGCUGAUGCUAAAACCCAGGUCACAUCAAACUACCUUGCCAGUAGUGUUCUUUGUCAUGCCCACGCUCCUAUAGUGUUCUUUUUUUCUGUGCUGUAGAUGGCACCUUCAUUGUGUUACAUCACCUGCUUCUUUCCAAUACUGCUUCCUUUGUGUGAAUGAGGUGUAUUAGCCGUGGCUUCCCUGUGUGAAAAAGAUUAAAAGAAGGGGGUUAAUUAUUCUAAGCCACAUGUUGGUAUGAACUGUGGAUCAUAGGGAGUAUCUUCCUGUGCUCCAUAAAUGCAGCAGAAGCUAGUAGGAAGCAGCACCACAGGCAUUCCUACUCUGUCUUUCAGAGAAUGAGUUCUCCAGAAUUCCUUUUAUCCAAAGACUCACUGUACCAGGAAGCUGCAAAAUUUGCUGUUUUUCUUGCAAUUUUCCAGGCAAGAAAAUAGGCAACUGCUUCUGUGUUAUCUCCCUGUGAAUAUUCAUUGUCUAACAGAGUUGUUGGUUCUGAAAUUCACAGAGAUCAUCUAGUUCUGACUCCCUUGCCAUGGGCAGGGAUGCCUCACAUUAAACCAUGUGUCUCAAGACUGUCCAUCCUGCCCUUAAACGCUGCGAGGGAUGGAGCAUUUACACUUCUCUGGACAACCUGCGCUAGGGCCUCACCACUCUCACAGUAAAGAACUUCUUCCUAAUAUCUAACCUGAAUAUGUGUGAUUACCAGAAUAAUCACUGGCUCUGACAAUGGGAAGUGCUGUAUAACCAAGGGUGUUCUCAGUAGCUGCCUCUCCACUAUCAGUAAAUACUAUCAGUAAAUAUCAGUUUAAAUACUAUCAGUAAGCAAAGCAGACUCCAGAGGAGCAUGGUCUGUCAUGAGGAGUAACACAUGUAUGGUAGUGAGACAGUAUGUAGUGCUCCAUUGUGAUUUACAUGCAGUGGUUACGUUGCCUUUUGGAACUAACUGUACACUGUUGCAGUGCUGUGCUGCAAGUAUAAGUAAGUGGACUCGUAUGCAAGAUGUGUAAGGUGUGCAGGAAGGUGGGCAAGGUCAGAAGACAACAAAAUAAAAUGUUGCCAUUGUGAGAA